UGUAUGAGGGGUCUAUAUUUAGAGGGGCGGACUUAAAUUGCAGGGGGUUUGUGUUGGAGCCCUGUGUUAUUUCAGCCUCUUACAACUGAAACGGCAAGACAAGAGGAAGUACAGCAUCCUCUUCGAGACCUGCAAAAUUUGAGAUGGAGCCCACGAGUAUCAAGGAGGACCUGAGGCUCUUUCAGAGCACCCUGCUCCAGGAUGGUUUGAAGGAACUUCUGAAGGAGAACAAGUUUGUGGAUUGUAUUCUGAAGGUUGGAGAUCGGAGUCUGCCCUGCCACAGACUCAUCAUGGCUGCAUGCAGCCCGUAUUUCCGAGAUCUGUACUUUACUGAAGAUGGUGUUGAGAAGAAAGACUCCAGCAAGGAAGUAGUGCUGGAGAACGUGGAUCCCACCAUUAUGGACAUGAUUGUGAACUAUCUCUAUUCGGCAGACAUCGAAAUCACAGAUGAGAACGUGCAAGACAUCUUCGCCGUCGCCAACAGAUUCCAAAUCCCAUCCGUGUUCACCGUUUGCGUCAACUAUCUACAAAACAAGCUUUCAUUGGGUAACUGCUUGGCCAUCUUCAGAAUGGGACUGGUUUUGAACUGCCCUAGACUCGCUAUCACUGCUAGGGACUUCAUAGCGGAGCGCUUUGAGACUUUAUCCAAGGAUGAGGACUUUCUUGAGUUCAACGCUCCUGAGUUGUUCGCCGUCAUUGGGUGCGAUGCUCUGAACGUGGAAAAAGAAGAGGUCGUGUUUGAGCUCUUGAUGAAAUGGGUCCGGAAGAACAAGGAGAACCGGACGAAAGCUUUGGAAGAUGCUUUCGAACACAUCCGCUUCCGAUUACUACCUGAGAAAUACUUCAAGGAGAAGGUGGAAAAGGACGAUAUCAUCAAGGCCGACCCUGAGCUCGCCAAGAAGCUGAAGGUCAUCAAAGAGGCGUUUGCUGGAAAACUUCCGCAAAAUAAGGAGGGAGAUAAAGGCGAAGGAGAAGACGGGGAAAAAGUCUUGCCUGGUUAUCUCAAUAACAACAAACGGCUGGGGAUGUUCAACAGGGAUCUCAUCCUGAUGAUAAACGACACGGCGGCUGUGGCCUACGAUGCUGAUGAAAACGAAUGCUUCCUAGCAGCCAUUGCAGAGCAGAUACCACGAAAUCAUGUUAGCAUCACGUCGAAGAAGAACCUGCUCUAUGUUUUGGGAGGGCUGUUUGUUGACGAAGACAAGGAUUCACCACUGCAGUGCUAUUUCUACCAGCUGGACUCUCAUUCUCCAAACUGGAUAGCCCUGCCACCGAUGCCAUCGCCCAGGUGUCUGUUUGCCGUGGGGGAGUUUGAAAACCUCUUGUUUGCAGUUGCUGGUAAAGACCUGCAGAGCAAUGAGUCUCUGGACUCAGUGCUGUGUUAUGAUGUCGAUAAGAUGAAGUGGCAGGAGACCAAAAAACUACCCUUAAGAAUUCACGGUCACAGUGUGAUCUCACAAAAUGGACUAGUUUACUGCAUAGGAGGAAAGACGGAUGAAAAUAAAACCAUCAACAAGAUGUUUGCAUACAACCACAAGCAGUCCGAAUGGAAAGAGCUGGCAGCCAUGAAGACACCCAGGUCCAUGUUUGGAGCUGUAGUCCACAAAGGAAAGAUCAUUGUGGUUGGAGGGGUCAAUGAAGAUGGCCUUUUAUCCUCUAGUGAAGCCUAUGAUUUUGGGACAAACAAAUGGGAGCCGUUCCCUGAGUUUGUGCAGGAGAGAAGUUCUGUGAAUUUGGUCAGUGCUGCUGGUGUCCUGUAUGCGGUGGGCGGCUUCGCCAUGCAGGAGAACGAGGACAAACAGUGUGUCCCAUCAGAAAACACUGACAUCUGGCAGUAUGAGGAGGACAAGAAACAGUGGACUGGAAUGAUCGGAGAGAUGCGAUAUGCUACCGGCGCCUCCUGCGUUUGUAUGAGAUUAAAUCCAGCAAAGAUGCCUAAACUUUAAAAACAUUAUCAUCACUUAUUAUAGUUUGUGUCCAAUAACAAAGUGUAACUAUAUUUUAAAGCAGCAAAAACAAAAACAACAAAAAAACAUUUUAAAGUAAACAUGAAAUCAAAACUGACUGUAUUUCCUAUAAUGCACAUUCCCAGUCUUUGAAAGUUUUUAUCAAAAUGAAUUGCAACUUUCUCCACCUCUAAAAAAUACAUCUCUAAAAAAUACAUUUCUUUUGAUGCUGACAUUACAAAUCAUUCAUCCCUCUUCUUUAACGAAGUAAAAUGUA